CGGUCGGCACUAGUCGCAGGAGACGGUCGUGUGUCGCGCUCCGUCGCUCGAGUGACGUCCGCGAACGCGUAAAUUUCACUUCCCGCUCGUAUUUAAAUUGUCAAUAAUUUUUAUGCCCUCAUUUGACUUCUAAAAGUUUCUAGUGUUGUGACAGUGAGGUCGCGCCAUGCUGUAGCACACACACAUGAGUGGCCGCACGCACACAUGCGCGCGCGCGGACAUGCUGACCGUCGCCUACCUGUACAGCGACCCCGGGGCGUCGCCGACACGACACGGCACGUCGCCGACACGACGCGGCACGACACCGCCACGCGAUGACAUGGGGGAGGACCGGGAGCUACAUGUCGACGUGGCGAACGAUGCGGAGGAGAACAGCGACCCAGUAGAGUCCACAGACGAGGGCCACACGCAACUGGAAACUGACGAAUGUCGGGACCCUCAGAUAGACGUGGGCACUGAGGAGUACGAGGUCUCCGCGCGGCCGCCGACGCCCGGCCACGCCCGGCCGCCGGAGGACCCCACCGGCGACCUGGCGGAGUCCUGGCAUCCCCACGUGUACGGCAAGCCGCCCGUCCGCCCUACCCCCCACACCAUAGACUACAUCCUAGGACUCAGUGACGACAGGACUCCCAGUGACAGUAACAGUGUUAGUCAGUUGGUGAACGUGAAACGGAACUUGGAAGUGUGCGUGAGGAGAAACAGUGCGCCGAAGAAUAAGCUGCAGGAGCAGCUGCUGCAGCGGACGGCUCGGGCCAGCACUGGCGCUAGCACUGGCGCCAGUACUGGAGCCAGUGCUGGGGCGAGUCGGGGCGAGGAGCCCCUCAACUUGACGCUGCCGAAAAGUCGGAGUGUCUCCACGUGGGUCGACGAUGAGAAGCUUUAUGGUAAAGAAGCUCUCCGGCUGAAGCGGAAGAAGUCCACCGAGUCCCUAGUAUCCCCGUCCCCCGAGGGUUCCGUGUCCAGCUCGGAGGGCGAGGCGGGGGCGGGCGGGGACGCGGGGGGCGGGCGGCGCAAGAAGGCAAGGACCACCUUCACCGGCAGACAGAUCUUCGAGCUGGAGAAGCUGUUUGAGGUGAAGAAGUACCUGUCGAGCGGGGAAAGGGCAGAUAUGGCCAAGCUGCUGAAUGUCACCGAGACGCAGGUGAAGAUCUGGUUCCAGAACAGAAGAACGAAGUGGAAGAAGAAGGACAACAUCUCCAACGCAGAGGUGGCCGAGUUCAAGCAGCAGAACAAGCCAGAGGAGAGGAAACUGGAGGAGAGGAAACUCGAGGAGAGGAAACCCGAGAACGAGGCCAGGACCGACCCGCUAGCGCUCGACAUGUCCAAGAAAACCAACAAAAUACUCAGCGACAAACUAAAAAGUACAAAGUUACCUCCGCCGAAAGCGCGGAAAGUAGAGAAGGGGGUGUUGUUAGAAUCGAUCAGUGAUGUGAACGAUAUCGAGUCGAGGAUAUCGAUCACGAAGAUCACGAACAAGCUGUCCAGUGCCGAGAUCUGUGACGUCAGCAAGGUGCUGGUAAGAAGCUAUUCGCCAGAAGAAGUCAAGGAACUCAAGUAUAGCGCAGAUACUGUCAGGGACGUGGAGAUGUAGAAAGUUGAGGAGUUAAGUGGACAGUGAGGACACUAGUGGACAGUGCCAGGAAUGAGGAACUAGUUUUAUGGUUACGUUUCCGUUGACUCAAUGAAUCAAAGAAAGUGGUUUGGUGUUUUUGUGAUCUAGAUAGAUUUUCGUUAGUAAAACUUUUAUCAUUAUUAUUUUGUACUGUAAAAUACUGCUGAAAUAUCUUUUGUUUUGUCUAAAGUCUAAACUACCUAAGUAUUUAAAAUGUAAAAUAAAAUGGUGGUCUUCUUACCUCACUUUUAUUCAAAAUGCUUAUUAAUUUAGAGAUCAUAUC